AUGACGAGCUUAAUAGUAGAGACUCAAGCAGCUGGUGCUGAUGUUAAUGACAACGUCACUUGUUCUGGUCCUAAUGUCUCCUUUGCAACUCAUUUGCUCUUCGAUCUGGACGCUGUCAGUGCCAACUGUGCAGCUGGUCUUGCAUCUCACGUCAAUUUGGUUGUUAUGCUCCAAAGCCGAAUUAAACUGGAAAGGACGUACGCCCAAGAACUGAGCAAGAUGGCUUGCUGCUUGCAUGGUAAUGAAAUGGAGCAUAGAACGAUGAAAAGCGCCAUGGCGAGUAUUAGAGCGCAGUACUUGAACACGAGCGUGCAGCACGAACAACUAGCCAAAAAUCUUGAGGAAGAUGUUUUGAAACCGAUCGAAACUUUGUACGAGCUCAACAACGAGAAAUCGAAAAGUUUAACUCGUCAGAUCUCCAGCGCAAAGAAAGAUAUCAAGAUUCAAGAAGAUGCUUACAGGAAAGACUACAGUGCUUUUGACAAAAAAUUUCGGUUAGCUUCUGCUUCAUUUUCAGCUGCAAUAGCCUCUGGUUUCUCUAGCACACUUCUUGAGGACCAAUAUUAUCGACGCCUCUCGCAGAUGGAUGCUGAAGAAAGCCCAGCAGAAACUCACAGCUGGGACGCUACUGUGUCUUGCUUUGAUAAAAAGACCGGGAUGAUUGCCAUGACAACGAUCAAUAACAGCAAACUUGUCAGCUGGUUGUUAUCUUCCAAAACUUAUCGCAAAAAAGACGUGGCUAAGAACACCGUUAAGCUAAUGGAGGCUGCUGAGAAGGCCAGAAGGAAAUGCCAGCAUUCUUGGCAAGCCGUAGAAACGCAUCGACUCAAAAUGUACCGUGUUAUCCAAACCGUUCUCGCCGACUAUCAGCAGAUAGCCGAAGAUCGUAUCUCCAGUAUCACCACAAACCUUCGAAAGCAUGUCGUCUUCGCAUCAUCAACUCUUGCAAACGAGCAGUAUGAUUGGCAGGUGGCUGCACCAAUGUUUGAGGCUGUCGACGUGAAGAGCGACAUUUACAGCUUUGUCCAUGCCAUUCGUGAAAGCAAAGGCCUCGUAGGUCUGACUGUCAAUAAUGAUCUGUGCAACGAAAUUACUGGUUCACUCCCCAUCUCGUCGCCAUCUUCAGAGCAUUGUCGGCCGUUGCGAAAAUCUUGUCUUGAGGUCCGUGACAUUUCAUCGAAAGAGAUUCCUUUUGAUUAUGAUCGAAACCAAGAACUCCUAUCUGAAGUCUUGAGGACAUAUCGCCUCAUAACUCUAGGUGAGAGUUAG